AUGCGCCCUGAGGGCCCGCUCCGUCGCAGAGUCGCAGGGGCCGCCAUUUUGGUUUCCCGCGGCCUCAGGGGCGCGCCGGUGCCGAAGUAAACAAGGAGGCGGCGACGUCGAGGAGAGGGAGCGUACGGCGGGAGCGCGAGCCCCGUUCGGCUGGCGCUUAGUCGGCGGACAGUAGGGCGGCGAGGAGCUCUGCCGUGACGGAUGAGGAGGCGUUGCAGGCCCGGCCCGGGCUGAGGAGGCCGCAGAAUGAAACGAGGAGGAAGAAAAAGUAACAAAGCUAGCAAUCAGUUAUCAGAUGAGGAGAAUACAAUUGAUGGCAAGAAAAUGAAAAUUCCAGAUGAAGAAUCAAUCAGAGAUAUUCCGAGUGCUGACUGGGGGAACCUUAUUCCAGAGAUUGUUCUGCACAUAUUCCAGCAUUUGCCCCUUCUUGAUCGUGCUCAUGCAUCACAGGUUUGCCGUAGGUGGAAUCAAGUGUUUCAUAUGCCAGAACUGUGGAGAUGUUUUGAGUUUGAACUGAAUCAGCCUGCUACAUCUUACUUAAAGGCUACUCAUCCAGAGCUCAUCAAGCAAAUUAUCAAAAGGCAUUCCAAUCAUCUACAGUAUGUCAGUUUCAAGGUGGAUAGCAGCAAGGAAUCCGCUGAAGCAGCCUGUGAUAUCUUAUCACAGCUUGUGAAUUGUUCGUUAAAAACACUAGGACUAAUUUCAACAGCUCGACCAAGCUUCAUGGAUUUACCAAAGUCACACUUCAUUUCUGCGCUGACUGUGGUAUUUGUAAACUCCAAAUCCCUUUCUUCACUUAAGAUAGAUGAUACACCAGUAGAUGACCCAUCUCUAAAGGUACUAGUGGCUAAUAACAGUGAUACCCUGAAACUGUUAAAGAUGAGCAGCUGCCCCCAUGUUUCACCAGCAGGUAUCCUCUGUGUAGCAGAUCAGUGCCAUGGUUUGCGUGAGUUGGCACUAAACUAUCAUCUGCUAAGUGAUGACCUCCUCCUUGCUUUGUCUUCUGAAAAACAUGUGAGAUUGGAACAUUUGCGCAUUGAUGUAGUCAGUGAGAAUCCGGGACAGACACACUUCCACAAAAUUGAGAAGAGCAGCUGGGAUGCCUUUAUCAAACAUUCUCCCAAAGUGAACUUAGUCAUGUAUUUUUUCUUAUAUGAAGAGGAAUUUGAUCCGUUCUUUCGUUACGAAACCCCUGUCACUCACCUUUAUUUUGGGAGAUCAGUCAGCAAAGAAGUACUUGGCCGGGUUGGAAUGACAUGCCCUCGCCUAGUUGAACUGGUAGUGUGUGCCAAUGGAUUACGGCCCCUGGAUGAAGAAUUGAUUUGCAUUGCAGAGCAUUGUAAAAAUCUCUCUGCUGUUGGCCUUGGGGAAUGUGAAGUCUCCUGCAGUGCCUUUGUUGAAUUUGUGAAGAUGUGCGGUGGCCGCUUAUCUCAGCUGUCUAUCAUGGAAGAAGUCCUGAUUCCUGACCAGAAGUACAGUUUGGAGCAGAUUCAUUGGGAAGUGUCAAAACACCUUGGUAGAGUUUGGUUUCCAGACAUGAUGCCUACAUGGUAGAGACUCUCAAGAAGGCAGGGCUUGUGAAACAGGACCUCCUGUUUUGGGCAUACCAGACAGCAGCUUAAUAUAUAAGCUAUUUGUGUCCUAGAAAAUCUAUGUAGUAGUUAGUGCUGGUUUUUAGAAUCAAAGUUCAUCAGGGGAAUCUGAGGAUAUUUUGAAGCACUUGUCUGUAUAAAGCCUUUUGUAGUUUGCUCUUUUUUCACUGAGACAAAUCCUAAAUAUAUGUACGAAAUGAAAUACUAUCACUUAUUCAUGCAAGUUCCAUAGUUUAUAAUUGGUUUACAUCUGGCACUUCAUUUACGUACCAUGAUAGAUGUGACUGACUGAAAUUCAGUUUUCAAAGUGUGGGUGAACACUUCUGUAAUUUACUUCUGGAAACACUAAUAGUGCAUAAGUUAUAGAAUAAUCGGCAGUUUAGACUGUAAAUAUUCUGUAGGCUGUUCGGUGUUUUGAUAAUAAAAUAAUGAAGAGCAAUACAGCAAUGUAGUUCAACAUAUUUGUAUACAGGAAAUGUGUUUCAUCUGUGGCUUAUUAAAUUGCUCUAGAUAAUGUACUUGUGUGUAAAUUACUAACCUUCAACAUUCUUUCAUUUUUAUGCAUUUUUUGAAAUGGACAUCUGACAAUCGUGAAAUGUUAAUAUGUAUAUAUAAAUCCAUUUUAAGGUAUUACUAAAACUCAGGUAGCUAAAGUAUUCUAGUAAAAGUAUGUUGUAUUUUGGUGAUUUUCUUGGACAAGUGUUUUUUCUAACACUUGUUUUGUAACAUUGCUCUUAUGAAUGUUGCAUAUGUUUUGCAGUAAAUGAAACCAAGCUUUUGUACCAAAAAAAUUAAAAAUAUGAAGUGGUUUUUAGUGGAAAGAAAAA